AUGUGCAAUCUCAACGACUAUCUCACGCCGGGAGUUAUUAGCAAAUUUCGUCCCUACCGGAAGAUUUUCAUCGGCAUUUCGAUUAUCGCAAUUUUCUUCGCCGUUCUCAUCGUAGUCGAGAAUAUCGUGUUCCUCUCAAUCAUUUGCAAACAAAAUGCCCUACUCCUCAUGCUUCCUUACAUUCUCUCUUGGAUCCUGAUCAUCCUUGGCGGCUGUUUCGCCAAAUUCGCUUAUAUCCUCCACACCAAUGAUUUCAAACAAUUCUCUUCUGUUCUACCGCAGGCCACAAACGGCUGGGUCAGCGAGAGUCGGCCAGUUUCUCCAGCGCCGGUGAGUCAAGUUUAUUAUUAUUGUUAUGAAUAA